CUGUGCAGGUUGUGGACACGUGCGUGAGUAGCUGUCGGAAAAUGGCAGAGGUGAUAUCAACUAAACAAGACCUUUUUAUGUGCUCCAUUUGCUUGGAUCUACUGAAAGAUCCUGUGACUCUCAGCUGUGGACACAAUUACUGUUCGGGCUGCAUCAACGGCUGUUGGGAUCAGGAAGAUCAGAAGGGAGUCUACAGCUGUCCCCAGUGUAGACAGACUUUCACUGCGAGGCCAGUUCUGAACAAAAACAAUGUUAUUGCCGAACUUGUGGAAGAAAUGAGGAAGACUAGACCUACAAUUAAGUCUGAUGCUCUCGCUGUCCAUGGAGAUGUGGAGUGUGAUAUUUGCUCCGGGAGAAAACUCAAGGCUGUGAAGUCCUGUCUGGAUUGUGUGCUGUCAUAUUGUGAAACUCACUUUAAAACUCACAACGAGCUUCACCCGCGCAGAAGUCACACAGUAAUCGACGCCACUGGUCAGCUACAGGAAAGGAUUUGCUCCCGUCAUUACAAGGCUCUUGACAUAUUUUGUCGUACUGAUCAGAGUUGUAUCUGUUAUUUUUGUCUGACGGAGGAGCAUAAAGGCCAUGACACCGUCUCUGCUGCAACAGAGUGGAGCAAUAAAAAGGAGGGAUUGGGUGAGAUCCUGAUGAGAUACCAGGAGACAAUCCAGAAGAGAGAGAAAGAGGUUCAGGAGCUGAGGAGAGCAGUUGAGACCCUGAAGAGCUCAGCACAGUCUGCAGUGGAACACAGUGACCAGAUGUUUGAUGACAUCAUUCGCUCUGUUGAGAGAAGACGCUCUGAGGUGACAGAGCUGAUCAGAGCUCAGGAGAAGGCUGAGGUGAGUCGUGCUGAAGGACUCCUGGAACGACUGGAGCAGGAGAUCUCUGAGCUGAAAAAGAGAGUUGCUGAGAUGGAGCAGCUUUCACACACACAGGACCCCAUACAUUUCCUCAAGAAUGUAGGCUCCAUCUCUGAUAUUCCUAAAAGUGUGAUUCCAACCAACAUGACCCUCAGCCACCCUUACCUCUCCUUUGAGCCGGUGAAAACAUCUGUGUCUGCACUGAAGACGAAGCUGGAGGAGAAAUUAGACUCGAUCUUCAAGCAGGAAGCAGCCAAAAUAUCUGCAGCAGUGUCUGAAGUGCAGGCUGUUAUUACUGAACCAGUGACCAGAGAGGACUUCUUACAGUAUUACGGUCAGUUCACACUGGAUCCAAACACUGCAAACAGAAGGCUCCAUCUGUCUGAGGGGAACAGGAGGGUGACGAAUAGAGAUGAGGCCCCCCAGUCAUAUCCAGACCAUCCAGAGAGAUUUGAUAACCGAAGGCAAGUCCUGUGUAGAGAGGGUGUGUCUGGACGCUGCUAUUGGGAAGUUGAGUGGAGUGGUGAGUGGGCUAAUAUUGCAGUGUCAUAUAAAACUAUCAGCAGGAAAGGACUCAAAGAUGACAGCUGUUUUGGAAACAAUAAGUCCUGGAAACUUACCGUCCAGCGCAGGAAGACAAAUUUCACCCACAAUAAAAUAAUCACUGACCUCCCUCUAGUGGCCAGUUCCAGAGUAGGAGUGUAUGUGGACCACAGGGCAGGGACUCUGGCCUUCUACAGCAUCUCUGACACCAUGAUGACACUCCUGCACAAAGUCCAGACCACAUUCUCUCACACACUUUACCCGGGAUUUCGGUUACCAGAUGAAUCAUCAGUUAAGCUUUUGUGACUCACAUGCAUGAAGCACAUCUGGACUCUGUGGAUCCAUGUGUGUUACUAUAUGCACAUGACCUCACAACUCAUCACACACAAGGGCUUGGUGACAAAGCAACAUUUUGAUCGUGUCAUUUUUCCUGUAUUGACAAUUUUGAUUAUUUUCUUUCUUAGACAAGAGAUUUUGUCUACAUUUACACUGUCAUUAUUUGACAGUUCCAGUAUAUGCGCACGCGCGCGCACACACACACACACACACAAAACACAUACUCCACUAAGAACCGAAGCCCCACAGGUGCAGAAAAUGAAACUAUCAAAAGAUCGAGACGCUGGUGGAAGUUUGAAAGGAUGCCAGCAGGUGAGAAAUCUGGCCCCUAAAGAAGCCUUCUUAAAAUGACCUCCAUCAGCAUGUCAAGAGGCGUUUUUGAUUUAUUUUUGUUUGUUUGUUUGUGUGCUGUUUUGUCUGUUUACUUUUUGUUUUUCAGUUUGUUUUUUGUUUACAUUGCUACCAUGCAGCUGGAUGAAAUAUUUCUAAUCCUAGAUGCAAUUUAAAUCAUUUAAAACCUUUUUGCAUGUGUUCUGCCAUUUUUUUUAUUUAUUUUUUUCCCUUGCAUAAUUAUGAAGAUAUUUUGUUGGAAUAAUGCUGCAUGAUGCCGUACUUUUAAUACAUUGCAGGAGAUUUAAAAAAGUGUCGGUUGGGGUAACAUUGUCUUUUGAAAGCUGUAAUGCAGAUUGUUGAUGUACAUCCCCUUCUCUUUUCCCAUUGCAGCCAAUAGCCUUUUAAUUUUAAAAUGUUUUAUUAACUGUAUACCAUUCUGUCUUUACUAAGCCUGGGACAGACCAGAUCAUAUUUUUCAGGGGGUGUCCAGGCGUUCUCUCACUUUUGUGAAGUCCUCACUUAAUUAACUAAUGCAAGCACACGCACCUUUACCCAAGUUGUGGACAAGACAAAUCAGACGAAAACUGCUAUUCGUUGCUAUUCAGUCAUGCCCACAUUAUACAGGUACCAUACCUCAGGAGCACAAUUUACUAAAGUGUGUCCAUGAUUUGUAAACACAUUUUAUGAAUCAUGCUUUAGUAGGCUACUUUGUGCUCACUCAAGAUGCAAAAUGUGGGCACGCCUUAAUGGCAGGGAGAGCAGAGUUUCGGUAACUUGAUGUGUUUACUCAAACGUGUUAAAUGAAGCAAGGGCACUCUGCAAAGUGAGCUGGUUUUUUUAUUGAUAUUUUCCUCAUUCUUGACCAUUUAGAGGCUCUGUACAUUUUUCUACAUUUUAACAAUAAGAUAUUUUUGUCUUUUACUAGUAGGUUACUUCUUGAGUACAGUUCAAUGAUGAGUUAAGGUUUUUUUAAAUACUGUGUUCAUUAUUUCAACUGCAAGUGGUAGAUUGUGUUAAAAGUUUUUCUGUAAA